CUCUUUGUCUUUAAACUGAUCAUAAGGAUAUAUUCACUACAUUCUGGACUUCUAGAUCACAGUCUAGGUUCCCUUGACGCAACAAACAUAUUCACCAUGGUCCCACGGAGUGUGUUUGCAGUGCUUUUAGCACUAAUCCUCACUAUGCACAGCGCUAAAGCGUUCUUUCAUUUUGAACACGGCUUUGACGAACAAGACGAGGGGGAUGAAGAACAGGCCACAAAGUAUCAAAAAGACCUGGAUCCUAACUGUCAGUACUACUGUGAAGACUCUGACACCUGCGUAGACACUCCAGUGGAAUGCCCUUGCCCUAGUGUACACUCGACAAAGUGCAAAACGGACGACUGGUAUGUAUGCUUAGAACCCGGAGUGGACUGCGCAUCAUUUAGUUUGUAAUAGCGAUCGCACGGCAACAGGGGUAGAAGCGAUAGUGAAUGAAUCCAGCCAGAUCCACCCGCCUCCAGGCGUAUAUUAAAUUAGCACAAAUAUGUGAAAUCUGAUUUACGAGCGCUGAGGCCUACUGAAAUAAGCACGUAACACAACACACCAACACUCAGCAAGCGAGCAAAAAGCACGCAGUACCCCACAAGUCUGUACGUAUCGCCAUUGUGGUAAACUACAUGCGGCGAUUGCAUAAGACUGGAUGGUCUAUCAAAUCGAGCCAAAAGCGGACUAAGCAAACGUCCUAUCGGCUUUUAGCACAAUAAAUAUACAUAAAGUUGCACAAGAC